AUGUCAAGAAGUCGUUUUCAAAAUAUUAUUUCUUGUUUACGAUUCGAUGAUAAAACAACAAGAGAAGAAAGAAAAAGAACCGAUAAAUUUGCAGCUAUUCGUGAAAUCUGGUCAUUUUUCCAAGAUAAUUUGCAAACGUGUUAUACACCAGGACCUAAUGUUACCAUCGAUGAACGGCUAUUGAGCUUUCGAGGAAAAUGUCCUUUUCGUCAAUUUAUGCCAAAAAAACCUGGUAGAUAUGGAUUAAAACUUUGGUUAUGUGUUGAUGUAGAUUCACAUUAA